AAAUCCCGAGCGGGCGUGGGACAGGCGGCCCACCGGCCAGGCCCAACGAGUCGAACGCGGAACUAGGGAGCAGGCGGAGGCAGGCGCUGGGCUGCGGCUCAGCAGGCCUAGCCUGGCUUUGGGCCUCCGGCCUCUCAGCCGGGGACUCUGCGCCUGCGCCCGCCCGGCAGCUGCCUGCUCUCCCAGCGCGCCGCGGUCCCGGCUGCUGCGCGCCGCCUGGGUGUCUGGGCGAUCCAUGGGCUGCAGCGAGGGCCGCGAUGACAGAUUACGGCGAGGAGCAGCGCAACGAGCUGGAGGCUCUGGAGUCCAUCUACCCUGACUCCUUCACAGUAUUAUCAGAAAAUCCACCCAGCUUCACCAUUACUGUGACAUCUGAGGCUGGAGAAAAUGAUGAAACUGUCCAGACUACCCUCAAGUUUACAUACAGUGAAAAAUACCCAGAUGAAGCUCCCCUUUAUGAAAUAUUCUCUCAGUUAAAUCUAGAUGAUAAUGAUGUCUCAGACAUUUUAAAAUUAUUAGCAUUACAGGCAGAAGAAAACCUUGGUAUGGUGAUGAUCUUUACUUUAGUGACAGCCGUGCAAGAAAAAUUAAAUGAAAUAGUAGAUCAAAUAAAAACUAGACGAGAAGAAGAAAAAAAACAAAAAGAAAAAGAAGCAGAAGAAGCUGAAAAGCAAUUAUUCCAUGGCACUCCUGUUACAAUCGAGAAUUUCUUAAGUUGGAAGGCCAAGUUUGAUGCAGAACUCUUGGAAAUUAAAAAGAAACGAAUGAAAGAAGAAGAACAAGCAGGAAAAAAUAAAUUAAGUGGGAGACAGCUGUUUGAAACAGAUCAUAAUCUCGACACAUCUGAUAUUCAGUUCUUGGAAGAUGCUGGAAACAACGUGGAGGUAGAUGAGUCUUUGUUCCAGGAAAUGGAUGACUUGGAGCUGGAGGAUGAUGAGGAUGAUCCGGACUACAAUCCUGCUGACCGGGAGAGUGACUUGACCGACUAAUGGACUGUCCCGUCUUCGGAGAGGCUUGACUGCCAUAGCAUCUGUGGCUACGCUAAGAGGGUGUUGAUUUUCCUUUCUUUUUUCUAAGAAAAAAUAAUUUUCAGGAGAAUAUUCUUCUGAUGGCUUUCAUCAUUGAACUUAAUAAACUGAUCUUAAAAUUUCAGAUAUAAAA